AUGGCCGAGGAAAUCACCUUGAUGCAUCAGCUUUCCAACACGAUUCGCAAAGCAAGCAGAGAUGGUCAAAAUGAGAAGGCGGCAACCGCGUUCCGAAUCCUGGAUGAAGAAGGUAAUGAUAUCGGACAGUCUUUCAUGGAUCUUUUCGCGCUUGGGAUUAUCCAGCGCAGAUUUCCAGGUUCCGACCAGGCGCUUCAGAAGAGACUCGCUGCAGCAAUGUUAGUUCGUCGAAAACGCAUCCUCUAUCGUCGGUCACGGUACUUGAAAGCCCCAUCCAAAACAUCUUCUGCGCCCGACAAACUUGUCCCAUUUUCGAGGACAAUACAGACUAUUGUCGAAGUACCAGCCUUAGUACCCGUUGCACAGACGUCGGAACCAAUCAUCAAGGCACGAAGCAUUGCUAGCUCUCGCGCAGUGACUGCCACCACGCUAAACAUUGAGCUUUGGAAAAGAGCGUCUGCCCCGUCAGUCAUUAGCAGAGCGAAAACAAUACACUGGGCCGGCAGUGAACAGUUUGACUUUCCCCCUCCGCCCCUAGGACCAAUACAACGGAGGCUGAAAGCUGUUAAACAACGACACAUGGUUGAAUACGAUGCGCUCAUCAAUUCUUUACCAAGCUCCGAGCAAUCGCACAGAAACGCCCUAUUUCAGGAGGAACUUGAGAAAAAAAUGGAGAGCGAGAGGAUAGCUUGCAACAAUGGAAGUAUGGAAAUUAUUUGUCCCUAUUGUUGCUGCUCUUUAUCGAGUUCAAUCGUCACCAACAAGCAGAAAUGGAUUGAACAUGUCAAAUAUGACCUCGAUCCAUACGUGUGUCUCUUCGAUAACUGUGCCUCGCCCAGUGAUCUGUACAACCACAGUGAGGAUUGGUUAAAGCACAUGCGUCAACACCGUGUGCGAUGGCGUUGUACGGCAAAAUCGCACGGCGUAUUGAGAUUUCAGACCAAAGAAGAAUACGAAGAACAUAUGACGACUAAGCACAAAAGCACCAAGUCACAGCUGGCCAUACUCGCGGAGAGAAGCAGCCGAUCAUCUGGGCCUCUCUUCGAAUCCUGCCCAUUAUGUGGAAAGUCGGGGGACCCUGGCCUCGAGGAACAUGUUGCAAGUCAUCUGAGGUACUUGGCAUUGAAGUCACUUCCUUUCCCCGAGGAUGAAGGAUAUGAUAAUGGUUCUGAAGAUCUAAAAAGUGAAUUCCAGUCUUCAGGCGCUCGGACUCGCAGCACUAUGCUUGAAGACGGCGAUCUCUUGAUGUUAUCUCCAGAAGAUACUCACAUGGAUGACGUUUUCAAGUCAGAGCACUCAACUUCAUAUCCUCUUCCGCCCGGGUCUAAAGCUGGUCUCGCGCAAGAAUCUGACCAACAAACCGACCCAGGAAGCGAACCAGAGACAAAACUUGAACUUGAGCAGUGGGAUCCUGACUUUUCAGACGAUCUUCUUUACGACGGAUGGUUGAAACUCUCAUACAGGCAAAGAGCAAGACGCGAGAAGAUGUUGACUAAGAGGGGUCUUCCAAUACCUGGCCGCGACUUUCCCCUUGAGCCUGCAGAGGAAGAAGAGCCUGGGAUAUCAGCACCAUCUCCAUUCGACGAUGAAACAGCUGCUGAACUGUUCAAGGGCUCAAUCGAAAACAGGGCCGACCGUGCCAAGUUGGCUGAGACCCUCUUCUCUCAUCCACGGUCGAAUGCGUCUAAGCAAUCUUAUCGCCCACCGCCACCCAUCCUACCGGUUAACCUUGGGGUGAUGGGUUAUUCCACUACGACACCAAACUCUUCUGGGUGGGAGUUCAUGGAUCAUGCUCGUAGUACUGAUUAUGAUCCGACAUCGGACCCUAUCCUCGCGACUCUUCAAGCCGGCAUGCUCCCUCGAAAUGUAGAGCCAGAGCUGCCACCAAGUAAAAGCUCGGACGGCCCGUCGGUGGAUGUGAAUAGGGCUGACAGAGGGCUCAUUGAAUCCACAACAACAUCUCUGUACCCGAUCUCUGAGGAUUCCUUUGACGGCUCGGAGGUUGAUAUGGUUUCUUACGGUUCUGAACGGCCAGAGCAGUGUCCAAUUGUCACUUGCAAUUACCACGCCAGAGGCUUUGCACGAAAGUAUGACAAACGGCGACAUCUGUUGACUCACUAUGGAGGGAGCAUGAUGUGCGGUUUCUGCCCAGAUUCUGUCCCUGAUGUGUCUAAGAGCUUCGAUCGCGCAGAUGUGUUCAAGCGUCAUUUGGUCGCCAAACAUGGAGCUUUCCAGGAAGUAUCAGUUGUGAGCCAACAUCACACAGCAGUAGUCAGUUGCUCCAAUUGCUCGGACGACUUCAUCACUGUCCAGGAGUUCUAUAAACAUCUCGACGAAUGUACGAUUCGUGCAAUUCUGCAAACUAAUCAGACAGCGACCAUGUCCUCAGAUCAAUCGAAGAAAGAUACCGCAGAGGCAAUCAUUCAGGAACAACCGCCAGGUGCCCAGCCUUCGCAUGAUCACCGUGUCGUGGUCACAAAGCCCCCUUCUGAUUAUCACCAAAUAUACAACACCAUUGAUCAGCAGCAUCCCUUAGAGGGAACUAAUGUAGGAAACGUAACAGCAGCGGAGUCACCUGUACCACGUCGGGUACACUUUGAAGAAGGCUCCGGUUCCUCCUCUAUCAAUAAUGCUUACACAACUCGUAUGGAUUCCGGACAAGAAGCACAAGUCCGCAGCAUGCUUUGUCGUGGAUGCGGCAGCGAGUGGACGUCCAGUCGACCUUUGGCAUUUGGCUGUCCGAAUUGCCUUCACCCUGACAUUACACAGGUCAUGGGUCCUUACGAGUCAGGAGCUCAAGUGCGCGCUAUUCCAGGCUCAGGUCAUGGAACUUUUGAUCCCCCCGCAGAUUACUGGCAAUCUAUGCCCGCCACGGACAGGGGUUCUCACGCUGGAUCUGCAAAAGAAGCUUUCAAUUCUUAUGCUAACGCCCGAGAUGCCACACUGAGCACUGAUGUUCUAUUAACUCAAUACCGAGACGUAUUUCUGGAUAUGCACUCUGAUCUUCCAGAGAAUGAGCGGCUUGAAUUAUGGAAACAGUGGCUUUCUCGAUUCCUGCCUGCAGGCUCAGAUAGGCCGCCUGAUGACAGCAACGCCUAUUACCACCAAUCUCGUUCAACUGAGUCACAACCGCCACAGCUACCUAGUAUCGAUCCUUUAACUGCUUUUUCUAACUACAAACCAACAGCCGAGCACGCUCCAAUGGCGAAUUUCCCUGAAGUACACAGUGCCCCUAUCGACCUCCUCACCGAGUAUGAAGGGAGGGAUUUCGGGAGAGCACAGAGUGUCCCUCUCCUGCUUUCUAAUUUCGGCGAAAAUGGAGUGGCAGAUGCUGGCUCACUGAGCAUAAUAGGCCAGGAGACCUUUGUCACUGACGCUAUAACCGUCGACCGUGCCAAUAUGGUGGCUGGCUCAGAGAGCGAAGCUAGAGAUCAGCGGCUCAAGCGCCCAUGGUUCGAUCCUGGACUCACCGAGCAUGAUCACGCGGUAGCCAAAUCCCCUCGAACCCAUAUGAAUGAGUUCGCAAGGCCCUCUUGGUUCAAUUCGGAUUCUUCAUGGGGGUAUCCUAGUGCAGGCUCCAAUGCUUCGCACCAAGAAUGCACCCCGUAUACACAGAUGCCGACCCGAUCGAAUGCGCCUCCUCCUGAGAACCCAGAGUGGGAUAAUUUGGGAAUAGUAUCUAACCGAGGUCAUUACUAUGAUCCGGGUGAUUUCCAGUUCCAAAGGGACAUGCCAACCGAUCAAUAUCAGGACCCUAUCUGGCAACCGCGCAACGGUCUCGAAAACACAAAUGCCUUGUCGGAUGUCGAGAUGCCAAGUAUUCUCCCUACACCAGAAAGCACGGCGUGGGGUGCUCCCGGGACAGGGUCUCAACGAACCAAUUACCAUCUGAAUAGUCUUUACUAUCACAAUAAAGCUAUGCAAUUCGACGUAUUCCAGGCAAACCAUAAGGCGCGCGAACGAUAG